AUGUUUGAUUUCGACAAGUUCGAGAACCAGUACUUAUACAGGAUCAAGAGCGGUGUUGAUGACAACCACAUGUUUGUGGCAACUGCAACCAAGGAUAAUGGGGCCACCAUUGCCAUUCAGGAAUGGUGUAAUGGGCCUACUGUCGAGGAGACAAUACAGAAGAAGUCCAUCACCAAGAAGAUCACCAAAGAACCACAAUGGGAUUCCAAGGCGACUUGGCUACUGCGCAUGCAGGAGUUAGAAGGCAUUCCUGCCAUCGGUGUGCAGGAUAUCAAAUGGAUCGAACUGUACGACAAAUGGGGUCCUCUCAUUCCUGAAGACAAGCGAAAGCAGAUGAAAUGGUACCACGAGAAUCCAGGAGAUGCUAGACGCGAGAAGGUCAAGAACAACCGGAAUGCUUCCAAGGCCGCCAAAGCAGCCAGGACCAUCACUGCUAAUGGUGCUGGUGCCACCUAA